AUGUCGACAGCAUCACGAGACGCCAAGUGCGCUGAUGAGCAUGAGAAAGAUAUGUUGUCGCUGAAAAAAGACAAAACCCAAGCGCAAGGGUCAAUUCAAACGGCUGAUCUAGAGGUUUUGGGUUUAUCCCAGCUCACUGAGCGGAAUAUGAGCACAUUCAAGAUCAUAUGCGGUGGCUGGAAUAUUUGCAACAGUUGGGCUGGUAUUGUUGGUACACUGGCGAUUGGAAUAGUCCAAGGUGGUACCGUUCUGCUCUUGUACGGUAUUGUCAUCGCGCUUGUUGCUAUUGGAUGUUGUACCAGUACCCUUGCCGAACUGUCAAGCGUCUACCCAACGGCAGGUGGGCAAUAUCACUGGACUUCAAUUUUGAGCCCAAGGAAAGCAAGUCGUGUCCUGAGUUAUGGCUGCGGUGCCGUAAACAUCUUCAGCUGGAUCUCCAUCAGCGCUGGUGUCACGAUCCUUCCCGCAGAGUUUAUUAUCGCGAUGGCCUCCUAUGACAAUCCGGAAUAUGAGUCCCAAAGAUGGCACUAUUUUCUCAUCUACCAAGCGGCAAAUAUUAUCAUCUUACUAUUCAAUGUAUUUGCCAUUCGUCGGACUUCCUGGAUACAUGACCUUGGCUUUGUUGUAUCCUUGACCUCCUUCCUCGCUAUUUUAGUUACCUGUCUUGCCCUGUCUCCCCAGAAACAGACAUCAGAGUUUGUAUGGACCACAUUUACUAACAAGUCUGGUUGGCCGUCGAAUGGAAUAGCCUUUCUGACCGGACUCAUCAACCCAAAUUAUGUCUAUGCCGGUAUCGACGGCGCAGUCCAUCUCGCGGAAGAAUGCAGCAACCCUUCUACUGCCGUUCCGUACGCGUUAAUGAGUACUCUUAUCAUUGGGUUUGCUACCUCGUUCCCUUUCGUCAUCGCCAUGCUUUAUACAAUGACAGACAUGGAUUCUGUUACCAGUACAAGCGUCCCGAUUUACGAGAUAUGGAUCCAGGCUACCCAUUCGGAUGCUGUUGCGACCUUCUUCGUCUGCCUGCUGGCAAUCAUUGCAUUAUUCGCACUGAAUGGCUGUCAGCAGACUGCAUCGCGACUAACGUGGGCAUUCGCCCGUGACGACGCGCUGAUCAUGUCCAGAUUACUUUCUCGAAUCCACCCUAGCCUUCAAGUGCCAGUCUAUGCUCUCGUAGCAAAUGCGGGAAUCGUCUUCAUCAUCGGUUGCAUCUACUUGGCGUCUUCAACAGCUUUCAAUGCCUUGAUCGGGACAGGGCUCAUUCUCCAGCAAGUUUCCUUUGUGUUUCCGGCGGCACUGUUACUUUACCGUCGUCGCUCGUCGACCUAUCUACCUCCAUCCCGUCGCUUCAGGCUUGGGUGGCUUGGCUGGAUCUCAAAUGCGAUGACGAUAGCAUUUGGUGUUAUAGCUUUGGUCUUUUAUUGCUUCCCCGCUGAAUUUCCAGUGAGUGGGGGUAAUAUGAAUUACUCGGUUGUCGUCAUCGGUACCAUGACUGUUUUUACACUUACCAAUUGGUUCAUGCAUGCUAGCCAGAACUAUGAAGGACCACGCCUCCCUGCAGGGCUCACGCAGAGUUAUGUUUCUCAACCAACUGGUCUUCACGAAACGUGCAUACGAUAA